AUGUCACUUUACCGCGAGGGACAGACGACGGCCAUGGGCCCCCCAGCAGGUCAGGCGUACCGAACGCCUAUACCCCUGCCCUUCGAAUUGGCCCAGCAUACAGGGAUUUUCUUCGAGGAAAAGCUAUAUACCCAAGCCUUGACCCUCCUCUUCAACACACUCUCGUCAGGGACGUAUGCCUCGAAACAUGCGCUUCUCCCACGACCGCAGCAUCUUUCUCUUGCUGUCACCCUCCUCGUCCACCCGUCUACUACGACUCGGGCUAAAUCCGCCGAGGAGAAAGAGGCUGCCGGUGCUGCGCUGAGGUUACUCCGUCUUCUCAUUACGCUUGUGAGGCCCCAGGAAGCUGGGCUAGGUGAGGCGUUUAGCUUCACACUUGCGUCGUCAAGGUCCGGCCGUCGGCAGAAUGCGGAGAACAACUCUGCUUCGACCGAGAGCGAGCAUGUCAAGGGAUUGCAGAUCGAUUUAAGCACCUCUAAUUCACUCUGGACACGUGCACAGGACUUCUGGCAUGCCGUGGGGUGGGCUUUCAAUUGCUCGGUGAAUCAUCCGGAGAGAUGGGAGCGAUGGCAGAUUUGGCUUUCGUUCAUGUGCGACGUUAUCGAAGACGACUGGAACGACAGAGUAGCAGCGCUCGAAGCAGAGGAGGGCACGGAACAAUCGGAGACUGAGUCAGACCAUAGAAGGUCCCGAGUAAAGGAGCGCGGGGACCGCACGGUUCUUCGCGAGAGUCUCCUGUACCAGUACAUGACAUCUGGAGCGUCAUCGGGGCGAUUGCGCAGGAUUACAAGGGCAAUUUUCGCGGAUGGCAGUUCUACCUCAGUCAAUGAAUUUGGACAAGUGUUCAGCACGGAAUUGAAGGCCCUAGGGACGAAUGACAAGACUGAGUCGGUCAAGAAACGGGUUCGCGAGGUGAACAUUGACCAGGAAGAAUAUGGCGACUACUUGGAGGAUGAGACUGAUGGCGACAAUAAUGACUUCCCUGGCCUUGAUGGCUUACCCUCCGUUGCUUCGACUCCUCAGUCGGCUGCCCCAAAUGGAAAUGCUCGACGGUCGAAGCGGACAAGACGAGGAACACGGAGUGCUCCCGACCCAGCAGGCGCACAGCCUGUCAAGACCGCCGAUGCAGGGCAGAGCUCUCACGGUACCGGCGUGUCGUCUAUGGGUGGAAUCCAUGCUAUUGGAUUGCGCAAGCGGCUUCUCCAAUUCCUGGCCCAGGCCGCCUCCUUCCUGCCAGGCGAUUUUGAGCCCGUGUAUAAUCUAUUCCAUCUUUUCGUGGAACACAUACGCCCGCUUCCCCUUCCCGUCUUCCAAGCUAUUGUCAGCCCCUUCGUUACGCCUGAGCUCAGUGACGCAGGCCAAACUACCCUGUGCGAACUCCUGAUAGCCCGCCUGCAAGAGAGCGCCGCGCCUCGAUCGGACGAGGAUUACAUGACACAGGCCAAGCUAGAGGAUUGUUUACUCCCAUAUGCAGCGGCUUCGUCUACCGUGGCUGACAACGCCAAGAUUUCUAUUUUGCUUGAGGCUCUUAUUAUCCUGCUAGCGGACGACGGAAUGCUCGUUAUCACGCCCACGUUCAAGAAAGCGUUGGAAAGUGGUAUCCAGCGCCGGAGUGAGCAGCUGGACGGUGGAAGCCGCCGUGGUCGAAAGAACGAUAAAAAGAGUAGUGGUAGUGACUCGUUUGAAUUGGUGUGUUUAAUAGAGAGUGCAGAGAGACUGGUCUACUUGAUGGACUUGGUGCCGCAGGAUAAUGCUACAGGGACGACGUUUUGA